CCGCUAUCCUUCACACUAGUCGUUGAGUCGGCUGAGAAGGAAUUGACCUCUGAUGGCCGGCUUGAUAUAUUCUCGAGCAAGCGCAACCUCCACCGCGGCUCCCAGUCCACUCAUUCACUCUUUUGCCUUUGACCGAAAGCUCAAGUUUCCAGAAUGUCGGCCGACAUACCACCCACCAUGAAAGCAUGGACGUACUCGCGCGCCGGGCCACAUCGUCAAGUCCUCUCCCUAAACACGAUCCCUUCUCUAAAACCUCCGACAGGUGACCAAGUCCUCGUCAAAGUCGCGUAUUCUGGGCUCAAUUAUGGAGACCUCAAGAGCAUGAAGAUGAUUCCGUCCAUCUUCCGGGCCAAGAACUCAGUCCCCGCAAUGGACUGGUCGGGCACCAUUCUCGCCGUCGGACCAUCUGCUCCCCCUUCCCUAGUUGUUGGGAUGAAGGUUUUCGGGGUGCUUGCCAUGGAAGCGAUCUUCACCGGCCAAGGAACGCUGCGCGAAUACAUGUGCAUCUCGACCAAGAAGCAUAUGGUCGCUCCUGUGCCGGACAACUGUACAAUGGAAGAAGCCGGAUGCAUCGCAAUAGCUGCAACGAUGGCGCAUCUGAUCUGCAAGCAUGCUGGGAUCAAAGAAGACUGCGGGCUCCGCAUCCUAGUUAACGGCGCAAGUGGAGGAUGCGGAUCAGGAUUCAUUCAAGCUGCUGUGGCGAUGGGGGCCAAGGAGGUUAUUGCAAUAUGUUCAGCGCCGAAUUUCGAGCUGGUUCAAAGUCUCGGGGCAACCCGGGCGAUCGACUACCGCGAUAAGAAACCGCUGCAUGGGUAUCUAGCCAAGGAGUUUGGUGACCGGAAGAUCGACGUAGUAGUCGACACGAUGGGCGCACAGGACCUAUACACAAACAGUCCAAAGUACCUAAAAGAAGAUGGGGUCUUCGUGAACAUCGGCGACUACACCAGCGGUACCUUGCUUACGGCCUUCUAUUGGUUGUUGAACCUGUUCUGGCCGCGGUGGCUGGGUGGAACGCCUCGGAAAUUCGUUAUGUUUGGUCCUGACUUCGGGCCAGAUACGGUACAGUGGGUGCAAAGGAUGGUAGGAGGAGGAAAGAUGAAGGCUGUGAUCGACAGGUCGGUCGGAUUUGACCAAGUGCUAGAGGUAAGUACGCGUCGAGAGCUCUAGGGUAAAGCUAAGGAUGUGACAGGCUUUUGACGUGGUCGCAUCGAGACGGACCAGGGGUAGGAUUGUCGUGAAGGUGGAAGAGGACUGAGCA